UUGAAUGUUUCUAUUCUUCCUUCCUGCACAUGUGGAGACAAACGACGGUAGAACACUGAAGAAGGGGGUUUCCAACCUGAAACACGGUCUUUAAAAACUCUACCUCCUUUGAAACACUGUACAGCCAAAAUGUCGGAAUCAGUAUCCGACUUUCAAUCGCAGGUUGUGUUGAUAAUGGAUGUGUUGAUGAGGGUGGCUGUGAAGGAAAUAACCAAACUUUUCGAAGGACGCUGCAUCGAUCCUGGAAGAUCUAAAGUUGAAAAUGUUGAAGAGCCUAGGCCUAGGGGAACGUCUAUUUUGCUAUCGGACAUACGAACUGACAUGGAAAAUGCAUUGAAACAUUGUGGAGAUGACUAUAAAUGCAGUGUUGGGGUGCAAGUUGAAGAUGAUUGCAUUCCACGGGAGAAAGAAGCUCUGACGCACCCACAGCCCAACCCCCACCCUCACCCCCUGUGUAGCUCGCAUCAAAGUCCUCAGAAAGAAGGGGGGAUGGCCUCCAUGGAACGACCCAGGAUUGGGGGGGUGGCGCUGGAAGCCGUCGACCUGCACUGCACUGUUGACUUGCCUUGCAUGGUGCUCAAAGACAGGGUUGUGGAGUCUGGAAGUAGCCAUACAAAUAGCCUGUCUGGAACACCGCAAGCUGAGUUGCCCAGUGCUACUGAUGACACCAUGGAGCUGAACAGUCUUUUUGACUCCUUGAAAAAGUCUUUGGCGUGGCCAGAAAGUCAAGAGCCAGAGUGUCCCCCCAAGGCCAUACGCAACAAGAAAGAACAACCAGUGCCAAGCGAGGAUGACCUCGUCUGUGACAAGUCCGUUUCACAUUCAGAGACUCUCCUCAUCACCACCACCUCCACCCCCAAGGCUUUGUCGGACCCAUGCUCCGACAGCUCACAUUUCCCCAGCUGCACCCCAUCCCCUGAGCAGAUGGUGGUGCCAGAGCCUCCGCCGUCCCCCUUGAGACACAAGACUGUGCACUUUCAGCUGGGCGUGAACCACAAGGACUGGAAGCUGCUGAAGCCCUGCUCGGUGCAGCUGGUCAACGUGCGUCUGCUGGCGACGGCCUCCGGCUGGCCGCGGGUCCGCCUGGCCGGCCCCAAGCGCUUCCCCAGGCCCAAGGACCUGCGCGCCCACCAGGGCCUCCACACCGGCCGGCGCCUCUGCUGCUUCACCGAGUGCGGCAACGGCGUGUGGCGGCUGCAGCAGCGCGUCCUCUCCUCCUCCUCCUCCUCCUCCUCCUCCUCGGCGCCGCCGUCGACCGCCGGCAGCGCCCUCGCCUGCAAGAUCUGCGGCAAGAACUUCAAGCGGCGCAAGAUGCUGCGGCGGCACGAGCGCUUCCACACGGGCGAGCGGCCGUACCCGUGCACGCUCUGCAGCAAGGCCUUCACGCUGCGCAAGAGCCUGCGCCGGCACCUGCGCUUCCAUUCCGGGGAGAGGCCGCACGGGUGCCCGCACUGCGGCAAGUGCUUCCGGCUCAAGGACAACCUGAAGACCCACCUGCGGUUCCACACCGGCGAGAGGCCCUACGCCUGUACGCUCUGCCCCAAGAGUUACCGCAUCCUCAGGAACCUGGAAAGUCACAGCCUUACGCACUGAAACCACGGAGGGUGGCUGUCGUCGUGGAGAGGAGAAAAAGAAGCCUGUUUUUUUUUGUUGUUGUUCUCAAACUGGAUGUGUGUGCUUCCUGUGUCGAGCGCAGUGUUUGGAAGAGCGUGUGUUGGCAUGGAUGGCUUGUGUAAGUCUGUCUUGCAAGAAGUAUGCUAAACAGACUAUGGACCAUGACCAGAGUUAUGAUUAUUGGCUUGGAGAAUUAUCAGACGUGAACUAAGAGAGAGAUGACAGUGUUAACACUUUUUCAUAGCCAUGUAUGCUACACCAAUAUGUGUCAUGUAUGUUUGUUUGUUUGUUUUUUUGUUUGUUUGUUUGUUUGUUUGUUUGUUUGAGGAAACGACCCCAACUAAAGAAGUGUGUUCAGGGUCCAGACAUGGCCUUGAGACUCAGGUCACCUUUAGAGGUUUAUUUAGUAAAUACGCCUAACCCUAUGAUACGUCAUCAUGCUUAUCUUCCACUCCAUCACUUCAUCAUGCUGAAUCAUGUCUGUCUCUCAUCCACUUCCUAUUUCAGAGAAGCCAGCCCUCAGUAUAUCUGAUGGACCGUUGGUAUUUGCUGCAAUGAUGUUUCUUCCUUCUGAUGUAAGCAAAGUUUAUUUUCUUAGGUUUAAAUGGCUAGUUUAUACCUGAAAAAACUGGUUAGACAUUUGUCAAAGCAAAGAAUAAGCUAUACUAUAACGGUCAGUAUCAAGUUUCCUUAAUAAUGAUUAUGGUGACUGUCACAGCUGAAAGCUGAGAAAUAAUUUACUUGAUAUGCUCAGUCAGCUCAGUCAGCGUUUCCUUAAUCAAUCCUUAAUCAAUCAAUGAGUCUAAUUUGAUCAUGUUUUACACUUGUCUUUGACCACUGAAUGUUAAAGCUUUAAACUGACACUAACACUGGAACCAGAUUAACACUCAUCUUCUAUGAUUGGCUGCUUAUUGAGAAUGAAUAGAGAAUGGGAAAGAAGCAUUAUUAUAGAAUAUACUGUAUAACACAAACUUUUUGUAUAUGUAACUGUGUAUUCAUUUUUUUUCUUUUCUUUCUUUUUUUUACAAAAUACAAACUAUGUUCAAAUGGGACUUUUCAUUUAGCUCCCAAAGAGAUUUUUUUCUGUCUUUGUGUCUCCUUGAGUAAAGAUUUUUUACCUAUA